AUGAUUGCCAUCACGGACAAGCUGAAGGCUGUUACAUGGUUCAACUUGACGCCUCUGGCCAGCCUCCUUUGUGCUAAGUGGCCUAAUUGGGAUAUGACGAGCUUAUCAAGCUUGCGGGUUGCCGUCGUCAGCUUCGAGUAUGGCACACACGGGCUGAAAAAUUCACCUCCUUCUGCUCAAGCUGCAUAUUUGCGUCUGAGCUGCGACGACACCUAUACGUGCCUAAUCGAGCAGUUGGAUUCCGGCUACGACAACGACGACGACAGCGGCGGUGCAGAGGCCAUAACUUCGACCUCGACGGUGGCAGAUCACAUCAUGCUUUUCUCAAACAAGCUGUACCCCACAGCGGCGGACCCCGCAGAUAAGAGCACGGCGAACAGCACGUAUCUCAUGCCAUUGGUGCAAAUAAUCUUCCAAUGCCCGAGCAAGGUAUGA